AUGCCCCCCCCUCCGGUCCACAGCAGCCUCGCAAGUUUUGCUGAGCUGGUGGAACAGCGUCACCACGAUGGGCAAGCUCGGCAGCUGUUCCCUUCCGACGGCUCCAUCGCUGUCAGAGAUGAGGAGCAGUUGAUCGACCAGAAUCUCCAGGCCUGCAAAGGCAGCAUCAUUGGCAUCAUUUCGAUCCGACGCCGCCUUUCGCAAUCGCUGUACUCGUCCAUGAAGGACUCGUACUCGGUCCGCAGAGCUUGCGCGUCAAAUAUUUCUCAGCUGCGGGCAGGGCACGCCAGUGAUUGA